AUGGAUGAAGAGGAUGCAGAAAAGACCGCCUUCACCACCCCAUGGGGUACUUACUGUUACAGGGUUAUGCCAUUUGGUUUGAAGAACGCAGGGGCAACUUACAUGAGAGCUAUGACUACUAUUUUGCACGACAUGAUGAAUAAAGAAAUCGAAGUAUACGUCGAUGAUGUGAUCAUUAAGUCCAAAACUCAAGCUGACCAUGUGCGUGAUCUGAGAAAGUUCUUUGAAAGAUUGCGCAAAUACAACCUCAAGCGCAAUCCAGCCAAGUGUGCAUUUGGAGUUCCAUCUGGGAAACUUCUAGGGUUUAUAGUUAGUCGGCGAGGAAUUGAAUUAGACCCUUCCAAGAUAAAGGCCAUUCGGGAAUUACCGCCACCAAAGAACAGAACUGAAGUCAUAAGUCUUCUUAGUAGGUUGAACUAUAUCAGUAGGUUCAUCGCUCAGCUCACCACUACAUGUGAGCCCAUAUUCAAGCUGUUGAAGAAGGAUGCCGCUGUCAAGUGGACAGACGAGUGUCAAGAGGCUUUUGAUAAAAUUAAGGAAUAUUUGUCUAACCCUCCAGUGCUUGUCCCGCCAGAACCGGGUAGGCCUUUGUUUUUGUAUCUAUCAGUGAUGGAUAAUUCCUUUGGUUGCGUUCUAGGACAACAUGAUGCCACAGGCAAGAAGGAACAAACGAUCUAUUAUUUGAGCAAGAAGUUCACAAGCUAUGAGGUAAAAUACACAUUUUUUGAAAGAACGUGUUGUGCUUUGACUUGGGUCGCCCAGAAACUGAAGCACUAUCUUUCAUCCUAUACGACUCACCUCAUAUCUCGAAUGGAUCCUUUGAAGUAUAUCUUUCAGAAACCUAUGUCGAGUGGAAGGUUAACAAAGUGGCAGAUUUUACUUACGGAGUUCGACAUUGUCUAUGUCACCCGCACUGCUAUAAAAGCACAAGCAUUGGCCGAUCAUUUGGCAGAAAACCCAGUUGACGAUGAGUAUGAGCCUUUGAAUACUUACUUUCCUGACGAAGAGAUUAAUUCAGUUGAGGAGGAAGUUCGCGAUGACAGUCACGUAUGGAAAUUAUACUUUGAUGGAGCGGUCAACAUUAAAGGUGUCGGGAUUGGGGCAAUUCUCAUUUCACCAAUGGGGAAUCAUUAUCCCGCCACGGCACGACUUCGCUUCUUUUGUACCAAUAAUACAGCGGAUUAUGAAGCUUGCAUAAUGGGUUUAAACAUGGCAAUACAUCUGGAUGCACACGAGUUAAAAGUUUUGGGAGAUUCUGACUUACUUAUUCGGCAGGCUCAGGGUGAAUGGGAAACUCGAGAUAUCAAGCUCAUUCCGUACAAACAAUGUUUGGAAGACCUUAUCAAAAGGUUUAAGUCGAUCAAGUUCAGACAUAUUCCCAGAUUUCACAAUGAGUUGGUUGAUGCUUUAGCCACUUUAGCCUCAAUGCUUCCAUACCCAGACAAUGCUUACAUUAAUCCGUUGGAGAUUCAGAUUAGGGAUCAACAUGGUUAUUGCAAUACAAUUGAAGUAGAGCCAGAUGGUGAGCCAUGGUAUCACGAUAUCAAAAGAUACUUAAAAACAAAACAAUAUCCAAUACAUGCCGAUGGAGAUCAAAAAAGAACUAUCAGGCGACUUUCCAAUGGUUUCUUUCUGAGAGGGGAGAUCUUAUACAAAAGGACCCCGAAUUUGAAUUUGUUGAGAUGUGUGAAUACCCAAGAAGCUGAAAUGAUCAUGAAUGAAGUGCACUCCGGAGUAUGUGGCCCGCACAUGAACGAUUAUGUUCUACCAAAGAAGAUUCUUCGAGCAGGAUACUAUUGGCUUACCAUGGAGCGAUAUUGUUUUCGCUUUGUUCGCAAGUGUCAUCAAUGCCAAAUUCACAAUGACAAAAUUCAUUCUCCCCCGUCGGAGUUGCACCCUAUGUCUGCUCCUUGGCCUUUUGUAGCUUGGGGGAUAGAUGUUAUUGGGCCAAUUGAGCCAAAAGUUUCUAAUGGGCACAGAUUCAUUCUAGUUGCCAUUGACUACUUCACCAAAUGGGUAGAAGCUGUUACGUUCAAAUCAGUCACCAAGAAAGUGGUGGUAGACUUUAUUCACUCUAACAUCAUAUGUCGUUUUGGUAUACCAAAGACCAUUAUCACGGACAAUGCAGCCAACCUUAAUAGUCAUCUCAUCAAGGAGGUAUGUGAGCAGUUUAAAAUUGUGCAUCACAACUCUACCCCUUAUCGACCUAAAGCCAAUGGAGCUGUUGAAGCUGCAAACAAAAACAUCAAAAAGAUCCUCAGGAAGAUGAUACAAGGAUCCAGGCAAUGGCAAGAGAAAUUGCCUUUUGCUCUUUUAGGGUACCGCACGACUAUCCGCACGUCUGUUGGCGCAACUCCUUACUUAUUGGUUUAUGGAACUGAGGCGGUCAUACCAGCAAAAGUAGAGAUCCCCUCUCUUCGAAUCAUUGUUGAAGCAGAGAUUGAUUACACUGAAUGGGUCAAGUCUAGACUAGACCAAUUAUCGUUAAUCGAUGAAAAGCGGUUGACAGCAGUUUGUUUUGGCCAGUUAUACCAGCAAAGGAUGGCUCGCGCUUACAACAAGAAGGUGCAUCCAAGACAUUUUGAGGUGGGACAACUUGUUAUGAAACGCAUCCUUCCGCACCAAUAA